UUUGCAGUCAGUCGGCUGCCAUUUACCAUAUGUGGGUGGCACACUGGGCGGGGCUACAGUAGUCGGCGGAGCAUUCUGAAGAGGGGGGAGGAGAAGAGCACACGAAGAAGAAGAGUUGUCUUCGAAGAGUCUCGUCUAGGAUCAAAUUCUUUGCCUUCAAUUAAUCCGAUCACUGACUUUGCGUAAGACGGUAAUAAUCCUUGGGGAUUGAGGCGCCCUCCGGCAAAAGAUCAACACAUGGAUGACAAUACGGCCACACUGACUGCUAUACACCAGCAGCAGCAGUCGCAUAAUCGAUUCUCAAACCCUCUGGUAUGUGUUGGCCAAUUGGAUCAUCACUCUCUGCUCCCCGAGCACUCAAUUUCAUCUUCCCUCGCACCAUUAACCCACAAUCCAUAUGCAUUCAACUACUCGAUUCCACUACCCCCUACGGAUAUUACCACAAAACUUCCCAAGUUAGAGCUGCUGUCACUGGACGUGAAACAAGAGCAGGAUGACAAUCAUCUCGACACAUCGAGCCCAACAGAUUCAACUGGAAAUGGAAGUACGAAUGGAGGGAAAAUACAGAAACCGAGAAGGCAGAGGACACAUUUUACGAGCCAUCAGCUAACCGAAUUGGAAAACUGGUUCUCCCGAAAUCGCUAUCCCGACAUGGCUUGUCGAGAAGAAAUCGCCGUCUGGAUCAGCUUGACCGAGCCUCGAGUGAGAGUUUGGUUCAAGAAUCGACGUGCCAAAUGGAGGAAACGCGAACGAAACUAUGUGAUUGACAACGGGCAGGGCACCACGAAGGUCACGGCGCAAAGUUUGGAUCCACUUGGCUCACUUCAGAACACGUUUCCACAGACGUUGUUGCAGAGCAGCAGCAGUCAGCUAGACGACUCUGCAGUAACGUCAUCCUCUUUCUAUGGAUACGGUGGCGCGUGGCAACAGAAUCCAUAUUACUCCAGAAACAAUCAAACCACGUUCAACUGGCAGAUUAAACCACAGUUUCAAACGAUUCCAAUGUCUCCAACGACGGCGACUAGUCGAUUUUCGACUGCUGCAAAUUUGGCACCUCUACCAACAGCCCAAGCUGCAUUCUCCACAUCUGCCACGUCAUCAAACGACAAGCUCAAAUUAAUGGACGGUCUCUCGAAUUCCCUUUCCUCAUCGCUCGGCCAACCUUAUCAACCCUGUCAGUACAGUGGACCACUUUAGUUUUUUAGCCACUUGAAAAUCUUUAUUUUUGUUCGUUCCUCUCCACCCGAUCUCACAUCCCAAAGCUUUUACUUUUUUUUGUUCCUCGCCUUUUCAACUUUACUACUGUUCAAUAAACAAUUAAAAAGUAUGAAAUUCUCUACCUUCUACC